ACCACCGAGCCUACAAGAAAAGAACUUGGACUCUAAUCAGUUUGAAAUCAGAGUUAACCAAAAUGAGUUUGACACCAAAGAACAAGGAGUAUUUUAUCAAGGACUAUUAAGAAUACACUUUUACGACUUAUUUUCCUAUCAGAGAGUUCGAGGAGCCAUUGCUCGAACCUCUUUUGCUGAAAUAGUUUUUGAAGAAGCCAUUCCUAUCGACCAAGAAUUUUUACCAAGAGAGCAACAUGAUUUUAGAGACUUAGUAAAAAGUUUAAAAGGAAGAAGGGGAAAAGACGGCCAAAAAAUACCUACUAAAAUAACUUUUUUAGCCAAUGCUUAUUCUUGGAGAGUCAGAAAAGUUAACAAAAAAUAUUGUCUGAUGCAUUUUACCAAAAACAAGAAGGAAACUGACAAGGAAUUAGUUAAUUUUUGUUUUAACUUGGAAGAAAAAGCUAAAAGUAAACUGAAAAACUGUGUUUUGAGAAAAAAGCCUGCCCUGAUUAGCAACACAGUUAAAAUAAUGAAUAGCAUUUUAAGUAUCGAUCCAGGAGGCAAAACAGGAAUUUAUUAUAAAAAUGGAGAACAAGAACAACUUUUAGAGAUAAAUAAGCC